AUGUCUCAUGAGGCCGUGAAGGUCAGAUGGCCGAUCUGUUGUGUCGGAAUGCUAGAUGACUCGCGUCGCAGCUGCGGACUGAGUAGCCCUGGUCCGGCCGGAGUUCCUAGACCGGCUCGGGAUCAAUGGCCGGGAGAAAAUCUACUUAUUGGCCACCUGUUGUCUGCAGUACCAUGUGCUUCACGGAUCCAUGACAACCAUCAUCGACGAUUGAAUUCCAUUCGGUCAAGCGCCAUGCCAAUUCACCGCGCUGUCCAUCUUUCCAAGCGCCCACAUGGCCACAUUGUGCCAAGCGUGACAUUUUCGAUCUCUAUUCAUGAGAGCCCAGAUAUCGAUGUGCUUCAGAAUGGCGAAGUCAUCCUACGGACUCUUUACCUCAGUAUUGAUCCAGCCAUGCGAGGAUGGUUGGACGACGAUCGAUCUUACGUGGCCCCGGUGGAGCUCGGAGAGAUGAUGCGCGGCCAGGGACUAGCGGUGGUCGAGGCAUCAAAGUCCGAAGUCUUCUCUCCGGGCGACUAUGUGCUGGCGAAUACAGGAUGGAGCGAGGUCGUGAGACUUCAUGAAAGUGUCCUGCAGCCCGUCCCCGUCUCGUCAGAUGUGAACCUCACGGAUUGGAUGGGGGUCCUCGGUUUCACCGGCAUGACAGCUUACUUUGGGAUGACUGACAUUGGGCGUGUUCGUUCCGGAGAUCUUGUCGUAGUCACAGGCGCGGGAGGAGCGACUGGCUCGGUCGCUGGUCAGAUUGCGAAGCUCAAAGGUGCCACGGUUGUGGGCAUUGCUGGAUCUGCAGAAAAAUGCACCCAGCUGGUCUCGGAACUUGGAUUUGACAAAGCUCUCAACUAUAAGGCGGCGGAUUUCGCGCAGGAAUUUGCCCACGCGACCGAGGCUCUCAUCGACGUCUUCUACGACAAUGUGGGCGGCGAAAUCUUGGAUUUGGCCUUGACCAGGGCCAAACCACACGCGCGAUUCGUCAUGUGCGGCGGAGUGAGUCAACACAAUUCCACCGAACCGUACGGUCUCAAGAACUACCUCAAAAUUGUGCGGCUUAGGAUCCGCAUGGAGGGUUUCAUCGUGCUGGACUACAAAGACCGCUUCGAGGAAGCACGCACGCAGCUCGCCGAGUGGCUCAAGACGAAGGCCAUCAAAAGCCAAGAGACGAUUGUAAGAGGCGGUCUGGCAUCGGCGGAACGGGCGCUGAUGGGCCUAUAUGAAGGUACCAACACAGGCAAGUCUCUGCUCACAGCACCCCAAACAACGCUUGACGCUGCUAACAGCCAGCCAUAG